CGUCUGCACACAGCACAGCACGGCUGAGACAGCACACACACACACACACACACACACUAGGAACAACUAGUUAUUAUACUAGUAAAUGACUAGUAAUCAAAGUAACCAUCAUGAAAGGAAAUUAGUCUUUUUUUAUAUAAAUAAACUAGGUUAGGGGUAGCCAAGUUCAGAAGAGCCUAACAUGCAGGUUGAGGAUCUACAGUAUAGUGAUUGGGUCAUUUCACUUAAUUUGGAUCUUGGAAUCUCGUCCAGCAAAAUUUGAAAAUGACCGAAUCUAGUUGCUACUCCUGAGUCUUAUGAAAGAUUUUUUUUACAAUGAACAAAUCGCUGAUGAGUGACCCAUCACUGGUGUAUCUCCACCUGCAGCCCCCAGGGGGCGUCUCCCAGCCGAGGCCCAGGGAACUGACCUGCUGGUGGGCAGGGACCAGGGACCUGUCUGCCUCCACCUCUGGGUCGCUCAUGGAGGAGACCUCAUCAUCACUGCUGCUGGAGUACUCCUCCUUGACGCUGGAAGCUGCACGGGAAGAGCUCAAGUGAGUGGAAAGGAAACUGAGGACUUGGUGAAGCUGCGUGUGUCCAAUCAGCAUCUGUUCUCAGGGAAGAGGAAUGCUGCCAAGUAUGCAUGGAGGUCCAUUCUGAAGCACAUGGGACUGCAGGGGACUGUGACACACUGCCAGGCCAGCAAGAAAUGGGACAACCUCAAAAAGAAGUACAAGGAGCUAAAGCACCCUCCGGGGUGUGUGAAGGUGUCCCCGGACCAGUGGCCGUUCUUCAGCCUGAUGAGUGAAGCUCUGGGGGGGCGUCUGGCAGGCAGCGCCCCCCUGCUGCUCCCCCAGACCUCAGCCAACACAGAGGAGGACUUCCUGCCCAGCAGGAAGAGGAAGCGGACGUCCCCGCCACGCCCCACGCAGCGCCGGGGCCCCACGGAGGUGGAGGUUCUGCUCAACGAGGAGGAGGAGGAGGGGAGGAGCAGGGAUAUGGAGCUGGAUAUGGAGGAGGAGGUGGAGAAGGAGCGAGCGACACUGGAGAGAGGCAGAGCGACACUGGAGGGCGACAGAGCUCUGCUGGAGAGGGAGAUGCAGGCACUGCAGAGAGAGAAAGCAGGGAUGGAGAGAGAGAUGGCCGCCUUGGAGAGAGAGAGGGCCGUGAUGGAGAGAGAGAGGGCCGUGAUGGAGAGAGAGAGGGCCGUGAUGGAGAGAGAGAGAAGGAUGAUGGAGAAGGACAGGGCCAUGUUGAUCCGGGACAAACGUGUCCUGGACAGAGACCGCAAGGCUGUGGAGAGACGUGGGUCUGUGUGGGAUGGAGAGACGAGAGCGGAGGGAGGAGGGGAGGAAGAGAGAGACUCAGCGCUGCAGGAGAGAAGGGAACGUUUCCUCAACCUGUUUGAGAAGCUGAUCGAAGCUCUCUGAGGUGGGAUGGUCAUUCUUUUUACGUUAAUUUAUUGAUUCAUUAUUGAAACUUGAGUAUACACUACUGUAUACAUAUUCUAUGUAUACAAUAUACAUACAUAUAUAUAUAUGUAUGUAUAUUGUAUAUAUAUACAUACAUAUAUAUAUAUAAAUAGAAUACGCAAUGCUUUUAUGAAAAAGUACCUGUGAAGCAGUACUAGAGCAUCUCUUCAUGAAUGUUUAUUAGAACGUUUCUGUUUGUUGUUCAUGUUAAAAGUUUAUGUUUGUUGGUCAUGUUAAAAGUUUGUAGUGUUACGAGUUUCAAAGACAACGGUGAGCCACUCCCAGGUCGGAGAGGUCAUCAAUACAUCUUUAUUCACUUGUGGUAUUUCCAUACAAAGCACACAAUAGCAAGCUAUUAUGGUUGUUACCCCCCUCCCCCCACACCCAUACCCCCACCACUCAUACAAUACGCUUAGAUUAUUUAUGAAUAAGCUAUUGUGCAUGGUCAAAACAUCACUUUGAAAUGUAUCAUACCAAAUAUUGCAGUUCAUGUAAAAAAAAAAUAAAAAAAAAAAUGAAAAAAAAAAAAAAACGUUUUCUGAAUAUAUAUAUUUUUAUAUUACAGUACAGAUUUUACAACAAAUGCUUGUGUUUAAAUGCUUCUUUUAUUGCAUUAGAACCUCAGUUCACCUUCACUCAGCUCCUGCUUCCAUUAGUAUAAAUGAACAUUUCCAAAUGUGUUAGAUUUGUCAUUAAUAUUAAUAUUAUUUUUUUCUUUACAAAACAAACAUAUUUAAACAAUAUUACUGGUGGUCUUUGCCAGGCGAGCCCAUUCAAACCAAACCAACACGUGAUCACUUGUUUGCUGGCGAUCAAUAAAAUGUAUUUAUGAGAGUAGAAUGUUCUCCAUUUCAUCAAGUUGUGGAACAGUUUGGAUGUUGACAAAGUUCUCUGUACGUGUGUGUGUGUAAGUGGGACCAAUAGCCUUAAAUAGUGUUUACACUAGGUAGAUGAUGGUAUGUGCAGAUUGCUGUUGAUCAUUGGCAUGAUUUUAUUGUUUGUUGGGUUGUUGUGU